ACUAGCAAAUCCACUUGAUUUGGCCCAGAAUGUAGAUGAUCAUAUUGAGGCAGAGAUCCGCUCAUUGAGUGAUCUUACCAAACAAGCAGAUCUAGGUAUGAAUUGACAGCUUUAAGUUGAUUUUGGACUUUUCCACUUGGGAGUCUAUUUUCAUCCUUUAUUUAUAUACUUUCCCUAUUAUGCAUGUAAAUGAACUGUAGGUGUCUGAGAAUGUUUCUGGAGUGUGAAAGGAAACGGAAGUCUCCUUAGCAAAGUCACAAAACUCCAGCAGAAACAUUUGUACCCAUUUAUGUUAUGUAACACCUUCACAUAAAUGAUGUUGCAUUCCUGUCACAUAGGAAACGUUGGGAAGGAUUGGUUCACAUAUCGGAACUGAGAAGGGAAGGACGUGUUGCAAAUGUAGCGGACGUAGUAAGCAAAGGACAAAGAGUAAAAAUUAAGGUGCUUUCCUUCACUGGAUGUAAAACCAGCCCCAGCAUGAAGUAGCCAAUUUGUUCUCAUGUUUCAGGAUGUUAAUCAAGACACUGGUGAAGACCUGAAUCCCAACAGACGCAGAAAUCUCAUAGGUGACGGUAACGAAGAAGCGUCCAUGAGGAACCCAGACCGACCAACCCAUCUUUCUUUAGUAAAUGCGCCAGAAGUUGAAGAUGAUACCUUAGAAAGAAAACGCCUUACAAAAAUCUCAGAUCUUGAAAAGUGGGAGAUCAAACAGAUGAUUGCAGCUAAUGUUCUCUCAAAAGAAGAAUUCCCUGAUUUUGAUGAGGAGACUGGGAUUCUUCCUAAGGUGGAUGAUGAGGAAGAUGAGGACCUUGAGAUAGAGCUGGUUGAAGAAGAACCCCCGUUUCUUAGAGGACACACAAAACAGAGUAUGGACAUGAGUCCUAUAUAAAUAGUAAA